AUGAAAAGACCGGCUGCAAAGCCAGCUGCAAAGUCGCCUGCAAAAUCAGUCAAGAAGCCGGUAAAGGCGCUUGCUGCUGCAUGGCUGAAAUGGGUGCCCACGGAGGAGAAGCUGCGCUUCUUGCCUGGAAAGGCAAGAUGGCAUCCUGAUCAUCCUGGUGUUCAACAUGCCGGUGACAUUGGACAGAGUUGCAGUGCCAGCGGAGCCGAUGAUUAUGUAAACCUGGACGCAGAUCUGGAGUUUGGAACCUUCGAGAUGCCCAAAGUCGUAAAGGGUGGGAGGAAAACCACCAAAAAGAGCCUUCGGCGCCGGGGCUUUGUCAGUGGGAAUCCUGGAAAGGAGAUCCACUUGCAGUGCGCCUACGUGAAAGCCAUGUCUGUGGACGCUGCUUUGAAAAGGCUCAGGGAGUUUACGGCAGUGACGCCCGACAACUUGGACCAGCGUUGCCGCUACCCCGAGGAGAACCCGCUCGAGCCUAUCCUUGACGGAAUUGAUGACGAGUGCAGCGCGUACCAGGCAGCAGGAACAGAGAUCAAACGUGGACUCUUAGACUACAUUGAAAGCAAGGGCAUGGACGUGGGCAAGAAGAAGGCAAGGAGUCAUUUCCAGGCUAUUGUGGUGGAAGCAUGCAAUGAGAAACGCAAUGGGCAUAUUUGGGGCGAGGAGAAUCCCAAAGCUGCUAUGGACCAGCUCAAGAAGAAGCUCACAGCGGCGAAAAACGAAGACAGGCGAAAGAUCGCAGCGCAGAUCGAGCACUUGAAGAAGCAAUGGGGUUUUUCAUCGAGAGAUCCUGAUGAUCCUGAUGACUCUGAUCAUGGUGACGAUCGAGCCCACAAUGACAGCAAGCUUCGGCGUCAUGAUGCCAUGAUCAUCCACAUUGCUCGAUGCAAUGCAAAAACGGCAUGCGCUCGAGUCUUCUUGGCCUAUGCGGCGAGCUGCUUCCCCAACGUGGGCCCUCGUGCGCGGGAGGACUUUGGAUUGGCGCUGGCGGAGGGUGCAGAUGCAGAGGCGGGUGAGAAGAUUGCGGCUGCCACCACUGCGGCCCUCCAGAAACUUCAAACGCAGGAGCUCUUCACGGCCUUGGGCGCAUCCAGCCUGCUUUUGGAGAGCUCUGAAGCUGAGGCCACCGUGACCUUACGAGCCCUGCAACUGCAACUGCUGAGGAAGUCGAGUGAUUCCAUGUUGCAGGCUUUGCAAGAGGCUGCCUCAUCAGCUGACCAGGCGAGCACGAUGCUCUUCGAGAUCAGUGAGUUGAAGAAGGCGUUGCAGAAGCGGAGGGCGGAGGGCCAGGGCCGCAAGGCUCAGAAGCUGUUGGAAGAGACUGAAGCGGCGGUGGCCAGGCUGAAAGAGUGUCAUCGUCAAAAGACCUGCCUCUUGCGAGCCCGGAAAGCUCGACUCUGCCGUGCGGAAGAUGUGACCAGCCUCUCGGCCGGGGUGCUGGUCUUCCGCGGGAGGCAUCGCCUGGGGAUUCAGCGGUGUCAAGGGGGUCCGUUAACAGCUGCCAGCCCUUGUUGGCUGAAGUUCGAGGCGGCCACGCCAGGCGCGCUACCCGGUGUGAGCGAUGACUAUGAGGAGCAUGGGCAAGCUUGGCGAAGGCGCUUUGAGGAGGCUCUUUGCCACUUGUGGAUCCGGAAGGUGGACCAACAGUUGGCUGAAUCACGCUCAGCUUUGUUGCCCUUCAGCGAGGUGCCGUCCCUCCUUCAUCGCCUCCAAGUGGGAUUGCUGCAAGCGACCGCCACCUGCAGGGAAAGGAGAGUACAGUAUGGAGACUGCAGCGAAACAGACGUUUUCGAGUGUGAAGGAGUUCAACUUCGGCUUCAGAAAUGGGCUGGAGAUUUCUUACAGGCCGUGGCCGCCCAGAGGCCUCGAAUUCUGGAGCUUCCCGCGCCGGAGGAGAGGGCCGAGACGCGUUGA